AUGGCCAUCUUUAAGAAGAAGGCCAAGACCGACCGCGAGCACGGCGCGCGGUCCCCAACCAACAGUCCUCCUGUCCAAGUCCAACCCUCCAUGAUCGCUGCCGUACAGCGCGGCGUGUCGGACUCGUUUGUCCCCCCUAACGCGUCUAUGGGCCAGAACCCCAAGCGCAUGACCAACUCUGUUCAGUUUGGAGCUAUUCCCCCACCCGUCCUACAGAGCCCGCAAACUGGACGGGCGUCGCCUGGUCCAGGAGGACUACCGUUAGGGCAGGGCGGUGGUUACCCAGUCGGCAUGGGGUUACCGUCGUCGAUGCAGCAGGGUCACCCCCAGCAUCAGCAGCAAGCGUCACUCAGCUCGAUAAACGGCCCACUGUCCCCGCUAGCCAUGGUCUCGGCGCAGCAUAUGGGGCCGCCAGGCGCCAUGCAACAGCCCCAGCAAUACCAGCAGUUCCCUCAGCAGACCCAGCCCCAGCAGCAGGGUGGUGGUUUGCAGCAGAUCCCUCCCCACAAUCCAGGUUACCCGUGGUCGACCAGACCUCUUCGCUUGUACCAGCCGCGCGAACAUGCGCAGCCUCUGUCCCCGUUCCCCCGCUAUGGGCUGAGCGUACCUCCGUACCCGUCGCACUCGGGUCACAUGCUCCUGUUUGGCGGCCUGGUUGCUGACCGCGCUCACAACGACCUGUGGAGCCUCGACGUGCGCGAUCACUCGCUGCAGUUAGUCAAGACGCGAGGCGAGGCACCAUUGCCCCGCAUCGGUCACGUCAGCGCGAUUGCCGACCGCAUCAUGCUCGUGUUCGGUGGCGACACAAAGGUCGACGAAAAGGACAAGCAGGACGAGGGCCUGUAUGUACUCGAUUUACGGACGCAGGAGUGGUCCCAUAUCCCCGUCGUGGCUGGUCCAUGCGGGCGUUACGGACAUGCCGCCUGCAUGCUUGGCGGCUAUUUCUACGUUCACGGCGGUCACGUCGACGGCAAGAACUUUGACGACUUGUGGUCGUUUGACAUUCGUCAGCUGGGACGGAAUGAUGGGCAGUACACAUGGGAGCGCAUCACGUAUAACUCGCCUGCUCCACUCGCGCGUACUGGUCACACUAUUGUUCCCUACCAGAACCAGCUGUUCCUCUUUGGCGGUACUGACGGCGACUACCACUACAACGACUCGUGGUCGUUUGACAUCGCCACGGGCGUGUGGACGGAGCUCGAGUGCAUAGGCUACAUCCCCAUUCCUCGCGAGGGUCACGCUGCUGCGAUUGUCGACGACGUCGUGUAUGUCUUUGGCGGCCGCGACGUUCACGGCAAGGACCUCGGCGAUCUGGCUGCGUUCAGAAUCUCCAACAAGCGCUGGUACAUGUUCCAGAACAUGGGUCCUGCUCCGAUGGCCAAGUCGGGACAUAGCCUGUGUGCAGCACACGGCAAGGUGUUCGUUAUCGGCGGCGAAUCCAACCUGGCGCCAGAGGUGCCAAGGGACGACCCCAACCUGAUCCACAUCCUCGACACGGGCAAAAUCAAGUACCCGUCCGACAGCCAGGCUCCUGGUGGGGCCCGAGCCCCUCAACAGGCUCGACCUCGAACAACGUCGGACGCGACUGACCGUCGCCCGACCAAUGGCGGGAGCCCCAAUGGCAGCAGUCCCUACGGUAUGGGUUCUCCUGGCAACGCUCAGGCCGCCUACAUGGCGUCACGAUCUGUUGACAACGUGUCGAGGGCCAUGUCUCCUCCGCAAAUCACAUCAGAGCCUCGUCCUCUAAUUGUAACGAACGACACGGGCGCCAAACUCACCAAACACACGCCCCGCAGCGAGUCGCUCGACUCGGCGGGGCCUCCCAGCGCCGGGCUCCGCAUGAGCGGCCAGGCUCAGCCAAUGGGCGUUCCGCAGCCGAUGAUGCAGGGCAACCCACUUCCCCAGGGUGCGCCCCCUCAACGGCCGCGUCGCGAGGGCGAUGAGGAGUACCGCCGCGCGAUGUCGCCGCCCGAGGUGACUAUCAACGGCACUCCCAACACGAGCUCAUCGAGCCCGACCAACGAGAGCGUCGUUACGCCUAACGGUGAUGUCGUCACACCAGUGGCGCGUCGCCGCUCCAUAUCCCCACCACCACCGGGCCACGUCCCAAGCCACACGGUUCACCCGAACAUGCGCAACUCCCGCAGCCCGCCCCCACAGCUUCGCGUCGGGGAGGACGGACGGCCGGCGCUUCCUCCGGAUGCCUUCUAUUUCAGCGGCAAGUCUCCCACUGGCGGCAGCCGCCCAGGCUCCCUGCUGGGCCGGCCUGGAUCUCUCCUUGGCCGGCCUGGCUCCAUCAUUGGAAACCGGCCGGGCUCCGUCGCAGGCACCGCCGACCUGUUACGCGAGAUCAAGGCGCGUGAGACCGAGGCGGACAACGCCAAGCGCCGUGAGGGCGCACUGCGCGUCUUACUGGGCAAGGCUAUCGAGCAGGGCUAUGUUGUCGACGAGGACGUCGCUGACGUGCCGCCGCCUGACAAUCUCGGCGACAACGAGCAACUCCGGCACGUCGCCCUCGCGCUCAAGCAGCUCAAGCAGGAGAAGGCCAACCUCCAGAACGAGGUCACUCUGCAGAUGCAGCUCGCGUCCGACAAGAUCCAGGACUCGGAGCGCCUGCAGAAGGCCGCACUGCAGGAGGCGGCGUACCACCGCGCCAAACUUACAGCCCUCGAAGCUGGGGACACUGAUGUGUCCUCGAAGAUGGACGCGAGCCGCAUCGCCGACCUCGAACGGCAACUCGAGUCAACCACUACAGAGUACACUGGUGGGCAGCGCGAGCUGGAGCGCCUCAAGUCUGAGGUUGAGCACCUCCAGAAGAUCUGCCACGACGCCACUGAAGCGGAAGCGGAGACGCUUAAGCGCGCCGAGGUCGCUGAGGAGGCGGUCGCUCAGCUCCAGGAGGAGAUUGAGACGCUUCGCGACCACGCCGCGAACCAUGACCGGUCAACGCGCGAGCAGACCGAGCGGUUUAUCACCCUCACCUCAACGCAGAAUCAGCGCGAGGCCGAGCGCGACGACUACAAGACGCAGUUGGACGACCUGCAGGGCAAGAACGACGAGUUUGCGCUGCUACUUGAGCAGGCUCGGGCGUCCAUGGCGGCUACCAGCAUCCGCGCUGAUGAGUUUGAGUCUCUGCAUGACCAGGCCAAGGAGCAAGUUGCGACGCUCGAGCAGGAGCUCGCCGAGGCCAAGCGUGCCCUUGAGGACAAGACGCACGAGGCUGAACAGGCUAGUGCUCGCCUUGCCGAGGCUGAGGGCCUCCACACCUCUGCGCGCGAGGAAGUCACCAACUACCGCUCUCUGACGAGUGGCCGACUUGGCGAGCUUCUCGAGUCUCACCGUGCUCUCCGGGAGGACAACACGCGCGGCGUCAAGGGCCACCAGGACCAGCUUCGCGCCCUGGAAGAGGAGAAGGGGUCGCUCCUCAAGCUCCUCCGCGAUGCCGGCGAGCGCGUCGAUGCCACAGAGGCCGUCGCGAGCUCGCACCGCAAGAAGGCUCGCGAGCUGGAACAACAGCACUUGACUGUUCGAGGCGACAUGCGUGCUCAGCGCACCAAGCUCGCUGCGGCUCAGAACGAGCUGGCCAAGUACCGCGCCUUAUUCACCAACAAGGACUCGGAACUGCACGAGCGCGACCAGGCCGUCACCGAGCUGCAGACACGCGUGUCACUCAUGCGCAAGCUCCUAGGCGAACAUGGCAUCAACGUGUCGGACGCCGACCUCGAGUCGGCCGAGACAUCGAGCGCCGGUGAGCUCGAGUCCAAGCUCCGCGACAAAUCGCGUGCGCACGACACGGCGCAGCGCGAGAUCGACGAGCUAAAGCGUCGCUGUGAGGAGGCCGAGGACAAGGCCGACUCGCUCGCCCGCCUUGUCGAGCGGUACAAGGACGCGCGCAGCCCAAGUGCCGGAUCCAUUCAUUCCGGCGACGGUGAGGGUCGUGACGCCAACCAGCGUGCGCGCGAGGCGGAGCGCAAGCUCGCCGACGUCGAGGAGGCGCACCUGAAGCGCCUCACAGCGCUGCAGAGCGACUACGAAACGGCUGUCCGUUACGUCAAGGGCACGGAGAAGAUGCUCAAGCGCAUGAAGGACGAGCUCAACAAGCAGAAGGCGACAAACACCACGCUCCUCUCGGAUCUGGACGGGAUGCGUGGGCGCGCAGGGUCGCCGCCUACGCGCGGCCUCUCUGGGCGAACAACACCUUCAGACGGCGAGCUUAUGCGCAAGAUCCAGACCCUGCAGAAUCAAUACGCUGCCCUGCAGGCGGAGCUAGAGGCGUCGCAGGACACGCUGAACGCUCGCAACCGCGAGUGGGAACUGCUGCGCACGCGUGUGGAGGAGAACGAGCGAGAAAGCGAGCGAGAAAACGAAGCACUGCGCAAGGACCUGUUCGAGGCGCAACACCGCAUCGAGACGCUGUUAGAGAUCAACCCGGCCGGAAUCAUGGGCUCGGACGACGACGACGACCGGCUAGGCGGGCUGCGACGCGGGUCGACAGCCUCGAGUGACGGGGGCACCUCGAUGGCAUUUGACAAGUUCACCAAGGAACUGAAGCAGUGGGAGCGGGCACGGUCGCCAGACGCACACGAGGAGGAGGACGACCACGGGCUGAACGGCAAGGCCGUAUCGCCCAACCCUGCGACGCCCGCGUUCCCCAUGGCACCCGGCAUACCUACGCGCAACAACGUAUCUGGCGAAUGGAAGUAA